ACAAAAUAAAGUAAUAACAUAAUACAAAUGAUUUAUUUGUCAUAAGAAACCAUCUUUAUCUUUCGUGACGGUCGCUGCGUUUAGAAACAAGCAUCCAGUCAAUGUUUGGCUUCACCGUGUCUAAUUUCACUUUCACUUUCUUUGAUAUUGUGCCAGGAGAAGCGUCUGCCUCACACUUUUCCCCCACGUUCAGCACUUUGGCCACAGCCAGUCAAUGGCAUGAAUGCUUUCUGCUGACUUUUUACUCAGGAUGAAACUUCCUGAUGCAACCCUGGCCGGGAAUCCAAGCCAUGCGAGGCCGAAGCGUGUCCCGUUACCCCACCAGGGACGCCUCACGCUUGGGAGACAUCAUGGAGGAAAUAAAAAGAAGUAGCGACUUUAUGUCUAUCAAUCAUUAUUUGUAUUGAUGCUUUCUUGAGAGGACUACAAUACCAUCACUGAUUGGAUGUCAUUACUUUCAACUCUAAAUCUCACCUUCAUUCCUCUUUCUUUCUUUUCUUUCCAAGUUUGGCGGCAAACUUGACACACCUUUUGUUUGUCAAGUCACGUGAUUUCCCAGAAACGCCACACAAGCAUUUACCUGACGUGGCCACAAGGGGCGCUCUCUAUAACAGUGACGCUGCAGAAUGCUGACUCCUCAUUGGCUCAGGUGGAGCAUUAUUAAAAGAGCCUCGACAUUUCCUGCUUCAUUUGUCCUGUUUGCGAGUCAAGCGAGUGUUCGUCACUUUUGUCUUUCUCUGCGGGAUUAAAAGUGACAAACAUCUUUUUGUUUUGUGCUGACAUCAUGGACUUGUUUUUAUUCUUUCUUCUGGUCGUGCAAAUGCACAGCGUGACGCCUGUGAUUCACACGCUGCAGUAUUUCGAAACUGCUUCCUCUCAAGUUCCAAACUUCCCAGAGUUUGUGAUUGUUGGUUAUGUUGAUGGAGUUGAGAUUAGUUACUAUGACAGCAACAUCAGGAAAGCAGAAUCCAAACAGGACUGGAUGAACAAAAUCACAGCAGAGGAUCCAAAAUACUGGCAGAUAGAAACAGAGAUCAGUGUUGGUAAUGAGUUUAGGAACAAACACAACCUUGAAGUUCUUAAGAAGCGUUUCAACCAAACUGGAGGUGUUCACAUUGUCCAGAGGAUGUCAGGAUGUGAAUGGAAUGAUGAGACUGAUGAGGUUACAGGUUGGCAGCAGCAAGGUUAUGAUGGAGAAGAUUACAUAUCGUUGGACAUGAAGACAUGGACAUGGACUGCAGCAAAACCACAAGCUUUCCCCGACAAACUCCAGUGGGACCAGGACAUAUUUCUACUAGACUACAAAAAGUAUUAUUUCACUGAGCGUUGUCCUUCUUACUUGAAGAAGUAUGUGAAGUAUGGGAAGAAGGUCCUAAUGAGAACAGAGCUUCCAGAGGUGUUCCUCCUCCAGAAGACGCCAUCCUCUCCAGUCACCUGCAUGGCGACAGGUUUCUACCCCGACCUCGCCGACCUGUUUUGGAGGAAAGAGGGCGAGCAGAUGUUGGAGGACGUGGAGCACGGAGAGCUGCUCCCCAACCACGACGGAACCUUCCAGAUGUCGGUGGAGCUGAAAGUGGAGGUGACGGCCGAGGUGGAGGGCAAGUACGAAUGUGUGUUCCAGCUGUCUGGCGUCAAGGAGGACCUGGUCACCAAGCUGGAGAGAAGAAGCAUCCUGAGCAACGCAAGCCAUGAAGGUGAGAAAGACACAUUUAGUUGGAGAUGUUUCCCAUCACAAGUCCACCUGUCACCAUUAUUGAUCCAUGUCACCAUGACAACGCUUGACGUCUGCAUGCAAAGUAGUCAUGAAGGUUUCCUCUUCAUGCUUUGUCACUCCACUUGUGCUUUUUUGCUCUCCACAGACAACUUGAGCGUCGCCCUCGCUGCCACGGCGGCGGUCGUCGCUGUGGCGGCCGUCCUGGCGGCCAUCAUCAUGGUCAUGGUCAGGCGUCACAGAAACAGACAAGGUGAGGGACACCAAUGUCCUCCGUCUUCUUCUUCUUCUUCUUCUCGGUCCAGGCCGUGAGUUGAUGCUUUCAUCCGGGCUGCAUGUUUUAGUUGCCUUCCAGCCAAACACUCAAAGAUCCACAGAGACAGAGCGCACACUCUCACAUAGAAACACGUGAGGAAAAAGUCCAUUUCACCUUGUUUCCCUUUCAUUUCAGCCCAGUACGAUCCAGCUCGUAAGUAAAACAUCUUUUCUUUGAGCCGCAAGAAACAAAGCCGUGGUGAAGCGUCACUCACAUGGAGGUCUGAUGUGGACCUUUGUUACAAGUUUAGCCUGAAAAUCCCAACUUGGGCUGACUCCUUCACAAUAAAAGAGCCUCCUGUGAGCACACGCAAUACAAAGUGUGGCAUAUCUCACGUUUGACAUGAGUCCUCAUGAUGAGGAUCAGCCAAAUGAGACCUCAAGUGUGCUGACUCAUCAAGAAGGUAUCCUAGUCAGGAAGUAGAAGAGCAGCACUCUGCUUCUUCAUGUUUCCAAGUCACACCUCAAAGAUCUGAUGUGAGUGACGAGGCACCUUCUGGAUGUUCUUCCUUCACCGUUUGCGUUUGUCCCGCAGCUCGCCACGGCGGCGUGGAGCUCUCCGAGAGGGUGGCGGCUGAAGGCUGAGUAAGUCUGCACCUCCAAAUGUUCUUGUGUGAAGAUGAUGUUCAACUUGGUUCUGUUGGGAAUGUGCUGAGUCAUCUUCUUCCUCCAGGAUGCUUUGUGCACUGGAACACAGAGAGAUGUCUCCAUCGCUGAGGGACGUCAUGGAGAUGUGCUUUGUUCUUCAUCCCACUGCUCCUCACGCUAUUCCAUCUAUUCUUCUUUGGCCGUUAAAAUACUUACAACAUCAAACGUUGGUGGCUAUAAAAUCAUUCGGGGCUCACGUUUCAUGGCCUUGACAUCAUGACGAGGAUUUCUUCUUUCUUUGAAUGGCCGCUGCUUAUGAUCAAUAUCACAUUGUGUCACAUCUCUGUCAAUAAAUCCGUUUGUUCUCCA